GGUGCCGGGGCGGCCCCAGCGCGGGCUGGCGGCGGGUGGGAGGUCCCGGGCGGGGCCGGGGCAGCCCGGGCUCGGAGCCCCGGGGCCUCCCGGCUGCCUGUCCCGCCGCUCCUGGGCAGCUGCUGGGCUGCCCCCUGUUCGUGUCGGUCUGCUGCACGUCUGGAUUUAAAAUGGGCAUGUUUUCCCCUUGACAGCUCGUGUAAAUAGUUUUAGCUCGAGAGCCUAAGCGUUCGGCUGCAGAAGGGAGAUAAGUUAAAAGUUAGAUGUUUCCACUGCAUUGUCGUCUCAGUCCUUUAUGGGCCUUACACUGGCCUGACUUUCAUGGGGAUUGCAAGUGGAUCCAUUCCAUCUUCAUGUGUAAACUUUGUAACUUAUUUUCACCAAAUCAAUCCGAGCUAUUGUCUCAUGUCUCUGAGAAGCAUACAGAAGAAGGGACCAAUGUGGACGACAUCAUUAUUCCACUCCAACCUCUAACAACACCCACAAACAUAAACAAAGAUGGAGAAGAGCUUCUUGUAGUGAAGAGGAAAAGGGGCAGACCGAAAGGGUCUACUAAGAAGUUUUGUGUGGAUGAAGAUGUGACAGAAAAUAACCCUGUUCUGAGUGAAGAAACUCCACCUGGGACAGAAGAAGGACCAGAACUCUCUGAAGUCUCACCAGGCAGCUUGGAAUGCAGGAAAUGCAAUCGGAAGUUCUCCAACACACGUCAACUGAGGAAACAUAUCUGCAUUAUUGUUUUAAAUGAAGGAGAAGAAGAAGAAGGAGAUGGAGGUAAUGAUUCUGACGUUGACCUUGACAGGAAGGAAGAUGAGCGAGAAAAAACUCCAAAGAGGCCCAGAGUUCAGAAAACAGAGAAAACUCCAUCAACUAAGGAGACUGAACAGGUUUCAGGAGCUAAAAAUCCUAUUAUAAGUGUGGUUUUGACAGCCCAUGAAGCUAUUCCAGGAGCCACAAAAAUUGUUCCUGUUGAGGCUGCUCCCCAAGAAAGUGAACCCACAACUCCAGAGGCAAUGGUUCAAGACCCAUCACAACGGAAAGGUUAUCAAGAAUAUGCCAUUCAGCAAACCCCAUAUGAACAGGCAAUGAAAUCAAGCAGGCUGGGUCCAACUCAACUGAAGAUUUUUACAUGUGAAUACUGUAACAAGGUGUUCAAAUUUAAACACUCCCUCCAAGCACAUUUGAGGAUUCAUACAAAUGAAAAACCUUAUAAGUGUUCAUACUGCAGUUAUGCCAGUGCAAUCAAAGCCAACCUUAAUGUUCACAUGAGAAAACAUACAGGGGAGAAGUUUAGCUGCGAUUAUUGUACGUUCACUUGUCUCAGCAAAGGCCAUCUCAAAGUCCAUAUUGAAAGAGUUCAUAAGAAAAUUAAGCAGCAUUGUCGCUUCUGCAAAAAGAAAUAUUCAGACGUUAAAAAUUUGAUCAAACAUAUCAAGGAAACGCACGACCUUCAAGAUAAAAAGGUGAAGGAUGUUUUUGAUGAGCUUCGCUUGAUGACACGAGAGGGCAAAAGACAACUUCUUUAUGACUGCCAUAUUUGUGAACGCAAAUUCAAAAAUGAACUUGAUCGAGACCGUCACAUGCUUGUUCAUGGUGAUGAAAGGCCUUUUGCUUGUGAGCUCUGUGGUCAUGGAGCCACUAAAUACCAAGCCCUUGAGCUUCAUGUUCGAAAGCACCCGUUUGUAUACGUGUGUUCUGUGUGUCUGAAAAAAUUUGUCAGUUCUGUAAGACUUCGUGCUCACAUCAAAGAUGUGCAUGCAGAUUUGCAGGAAACUUCUGUUUUUAACAGUUCUAUCAAUCAAAGUUUCUGUCUGCUUGAGCCAGGAGGUGAUAUCCAGCCAGAAGCCCUUGGUGAACAGUUGUCACAAAGUGCAGAUGAAUUGACUGUCAUGAGUACCAAUGCUAUUAACAUACCACAACCGUCUGCUUGUAAAGGUGAUUCAGCAGCUGCAGAUGUAAACCAUAAUGGUCAACAUAAUGGGGACUUAAAAAUUGAUACGGUCCCUUCCUUAGAAUUUGAAAAUCCUCUGGUGGAGAAUGUAACAGGGACGCUGUGUCAGACAACAGAUAUAGCAGUCCCAAACAUUCAGUCUUGUGUAGCGUCAGAUUGCUUUCUGCUGAAAAAUGGUACUUCUGGUCCUGAUGAGUUAAAAGUUUCUCCUGCAAAUGAAGAGGAAUUUAAUCACUGCAGUUCUGUAAAUGAACGGGGCGAAGAAAUUCAGCUUUUGCUGUCUGAGGACAAAAGUUUAAAUCCAAGUCAGAACAAUACAAUGAUUGAGAACCUUUCAGUCUCUGAAGAGAGAAAACAAUCUGUUCCUUCUAGUGAAUCCGGAACAAGCAACCCGCCAAUUCACAGUUCAGCAGAAGCCACAAAUCCUUUGCCAGCACCAGAAGCUAAUGCAGCCAUCAGUCCACAGGCAGCCUCUUCUAAUGCGGUUACAUCAGACAGUGGGAGUGGAGCUGUUGCUUUUAUGCAGAUCUUGGAUAGCUUGCAGAAGAGACAAAUGAACACAGAGUUGUGUGAGAGGAUAAGGAAGGUUUAUGGAGACUUAGAAUGUGAAUAUUGUGGCAAGUUGUUCUGGUACCAAGUGCAUUAUGACAUGCAUGUUCGUACGCAUACUCGAGAACAUUUAUAUUACUGCUCCCAGUGCAGUUAUUCUUCCAUCACCAAAAACUGCCUUAAGCGUCACGUCAUUCAGAAGCACAGUAAUAUUUUGCUGAAAUGUCCCACAGAACAUUGUGACUACUCUACACCAGAUAAAUACAAGCUCCAGGCACAUCUUAAAGUUCACACGGAACUGGAUAAAAAGAGUUAUUCCUGUCCUGUGUGUGAGAAGUCAUUUUCUGAAGAUCGACUUAUAAAAUCUCACAUCAAGACAAAUCACCCUGAGGUUUCAAUGACUACUAUUUCUGAGAUUCUUGGCAGAAGAGUUCAGCUGAAAGGACUUAUUGGAAAACGAGCUGUGAAAUGUCCCUACUGUGAUUUUUAUUUUAUGAAGAAUGGAUCAGACCUUCAACGUCAUAUUUGGGCUCAUGAAGGUAUCAAACCUUUCAAAUGUUCUCUCUGUGAGUAUGCCACUCGCAGCAAAAGUAACUUGAAAGCCCAUAUGAAUCGUCACAGCACUGAGAAAACACACCUUUGUGAUAUGUGUGGGAAAAAGUUCAAAUCAAAAGGCACUUUGAAAAGCCAUAAGCUCCUUCAUACUGCUGAUGGAAAGCAGUUUAAAUGUACAGUGUGUGACUAUACAGCUGCCCAAAAACCACAGCUCCUACGUCAUAUGGAACAACAUGUCUCUUUCAAGCCUUUCCGUUGUGCACAUUGCCACUAUUCCUGCAACAUAUCUGGUUCCUUGAAGAGGCAUUACAACAGAAAGCAUCCUAAUGAAGAGUAUGUAAAUGUAGGUUCUGGGGAGCCUGCGGCAGAAGCCCUUAUCCAACAAGGUGGCAUUAAGUGUCCUGUUUGCAGCUUUGUGUAUGGUACAAAAUGGGAGUUCAACAGACAUCUUAAAAACAAGCAUGGAAUGAAGCUAGUGGAACAUGAUGGAGACACCAAGUGGGAGUUAACUGCUGAAGUUUCGGAAGAAGCAUCCACUCAGUAUCUUCAUAUCACAGAGGCUGGAGAAGAUGUUCAAGGCACUCAAGCUGCUGUAGCUGCAUUACAGAACCUUAGAUAUACUUCAGAGAAUGGUGAGAGACUUGAUCCAACAGCUGUAAACAUCCUGCAGCAAAUCAUUGAGUUGGGUUCAGAAACCCAUGAUGCCACUGCAGUUGCUUCUGUAGUUACCAUGGCACCUGGCACUGUGACAGUGGUAAAACAGGUAAAAGAAGAGGAGCAAUCAGCCAAUCACACUUUGAUGAUUCAAGAGACACUGCAGCAGGCUUCAGUGGAGCUGUCUGAACAGCAUCACCUAGUAGUCUCAUCAGAUGAAGUGGAGGGAAUUGAGACAGUGACGGUGUAUACACAAGGUGGAGAGGCUUCAGAAUUCAUAGUUUAUGUUCAGGAAGCUAUGCAGCCUGUAGAAGAACAAACUGUGGAACAAUCAGUGCAGGAGCUUUAGAGAACAGUGUUCAAAAGAAAUGGCUUCUUGAUUUGCUAAAGCCAGCAAUUUUGGUUUUUUUUCCUAGCCAAAAGCAAACAAGCUGACAAAUUUUCAGUUAAUUUGUGAAGUGAGACCUUGUUACUAGUUAGUGAUCUGAGUGGUUGGAUUGUAUCAGAAACUUAGAUAUAUUAUGUACACAACCUUCUCAGAGAUUUUUUUUUUUUUUUUGUUGCUAAAAAUUGUUCAUAUUUUGAGGAAAAAGUAUUCUUCCCCUUCUUAGAAGAUCUCUCACUUGAUUCCUGUAAAUCCCAACAGAUAUUGUUUGUUCAAAACCACAUUAUCCCACAAUAAUAAAACAUCUAUAAAGGUAGCUAGAAUGUCUAGAAAAGUCCAUACAUCACAUUUUAUACAUACUUAAUAUGUGCUUGACUUGAUUGGAAGCAGAGUUGUUUUUUCUUUGAAUUAGAAAUGCUUCUUAUUUCUGAGUACAUGCUUAGAAUGUGUUUGCUGAAUUGUGGAUCUAACCCAAACAAAGGCUCAAGACUUUUAUUAAAAGCAUACCACAGGUGGGUUGUAGUUUGUACUUGUGAGAUGAUCCUUUGAGUUUGGGAGGUAUUUAAAGCCAUAUAUGAUAAUUCUGGGUAGCAGUAGGAUGACUGUUAUUUAGAUAAGUGAAAAAUGAUAACUCUUUCCAUCCUACUGGAUAAAUACUUAUCCAGGACCAUAUGAUGAAACCAAAUCUGUCAAAUCAAUUAAAUAUUAUUUUGUUUUUAAGAAAAAAAAUAUAUUCAAAUGAUUUGUAAAUGCUAUAAAAGAUGUAUGUUCAUAUGUUUUAAACAGACAUGCUUGUAAAUACAAUUGUGUGAGAGAACUUGUACAAAAAACUUAAGUAAAUAUUGACAAGAAUCUAGAUAUUCUUAAUUAUGCAUGUAUAUAGGUCCAGAUUUUUCUCCAUGAAUCUUGAAUUGUUUUUGAUUUAAUAUUUUUAAAUUUGAGCUAUAAAAGUUAUUAAUUAAUAAAACAAAAUUGUCAUGUUUUCUUCUAAUUCUCUUAUUUCUCAAGUGGUGGCUUCCCUUUCACAGCUAUGUAAAAAAAUUUGCACUGACUCUGACAAAUUAUUCCUCCAGUUAGUAGUCUGUAAUCAAGAAAGUAGCAUAAUGAAGUCUAGGUGGACCUUUCUACGUGAUUUAACUUAUUUAUGGUCAUUCUGGGUAGAAAAGUGGAAAAAAGAUUUUGACUUAAGUUGAUGUAAUACAGUGAGUUGAUUGUCUGCCUCUUCUAAGUCUGACGGGUUCUGGUAAUGCUGUACAAAGUCAGACUCCAAACAUUUAGUGAUAGAUUCUCCCAUAACUGUGGUGACAAGGAAUUUGAACUUGUUAAUGGAAAAGAACUGAAAAUCAUCUAACUUCGGUGAUAGCUGUGUUUCCUCUGGUUUAAUCCUGAAAGUGCACAAGAAGCCCUGGGAACGUUACAUUUGUAGAACAGAGACCUUUUGCCGUUUAGUGUAACUGGCUGGAGCUGGUCACAAAUGUCAGUGUUGAUUUCUUGUACGUUCAGUAAAGUUGACUAGAAUAAGCCAUGAAGUGUUUAGUAACAUUUGCAACAUGAUAGAAACUGAUGCACCAAAUGUAUCAACUUGAUCAAUCUGCAUAAGAAACUUUAUUUUUGUAAUUACUGGUUAAAAUUCAGUGUUGAUUUGCAAGAAUAAUGCUUUCUAGUAUCCAAAAGAGAAGAAAACAGUCUCAAAAAGUUUUCUUACAAUUUAUUAAAAUAUUCACAGCCCACUUGCUGUUUAAAUCACAUUUGGAAGAGCAUCAUGAUUGUAUGUGGUAACAGCUAUGUUUUUUAAUGUAAAACUUUCCUGAAUCAGUUCAACAAUGUAUUGUAUUAUUAUCUGACUGUGGGGGGGAAACAUAAAAGUAUUUUGCUAUGCAUAACUCAAGAAUUCUUAAGUAAAUUAUUUUCAGAUAGACUUAGUACUUACAUCUGAGAGAGGUGUGUCUGUAUUUGGAGGAAGGGUUUUGGAUUUAGUUUUUGAUUUAAUUCCAGUAUAUCACAGCCAUGCAUACUUACUGUAAUUUAAGGUUUGAUUUAUAAUUGACAAGUUAUGUCACAUUUUUCUACAC